AUGAAUAUGGUUACCUUAACAUCAACUCACAACACUAGCCUCUCCCAAGCAUUUCCCUCUAACGUUGAUGCCUCCUUUUCUCCGUACUUGAGCACCAAAGAACCCUUUCCGGUACGUAGCUUAGCCGAGCCAAGUCGAAACUUUAGCCCCAUCGUUACUGCUACCACCACUCAAGAGAAGCAUAAUCAUUUGGGAAGAAACAAGGAAGAAGAUGACGAAAUUGGAGUUUUUCGAGCUGAAAAGUACUUCAACGGAGUGAUCGACGAUGAGACAAGCUCGCGAAUUUCCAGCAUAAGCUCUUCCACUAGAAGCUACCCUUACAAGAAUGAUGGAAGGCUGAAUCUAGAGCAAGUAAGGGCUAAGAUUCAGCCCAGAACUCCAAGUGUCCGAUCGGAAUCUAGUUGGAACAGCAGGAGUGUGUUGUUGCAAAGUGGUAUGAAAAAUUCAUCAAGAACCAAGUCAAGCAAGUUGAAUGGCAAGAAAUUUCUUGCUAGUUUUGGCUGCAAAUGUUCAGAUAAGAAUUCUGUUGAGACAAAAAACGUUGGUGAAAUCAGCUUCAACAAGAGUCCUAGUAAUGCUAGCUACAAAUCAGCUCUUCAUCACAAAUCAAGAAUAAUAUCUCCUGCAAGACCAGGCCUUAACCUUGUUGAGCCACUUCAAAUUCAAAAGCCACCAAAAGUGGACAUCUUGAGUGCAAAACCGCCAUCUGGGCUGCGACAAUUUCCGGUAAGGAGUGCACUUCAAGGCCAAGAUGGUGAUCAGAUUCUGUGCAAGUCGCCUGAGGUGUUUGGCUCUCCUGCUUUGCAAAGGGGAAACAAAUCCCAUAGCCUUGACAGGAGGCUGACAAUGAUGUCAUGGGACCGCCCCAAUGCAGUGGCUACUACUCCUCGUGCAGAGGAAAUAGUAUUCAACGCAAAUUCGAGCGCAAACCACCAUGAUUCGGGGAGUGAUGCUAGCUCUGACCUGUUUGAGAUUGACAGUCUCACAGGGAAAACCAACCCUUUUAUGGUAAGGACUUCUGAUGAUCAAACUUCCGGUUGUGUCACUCCCACCACUGGCUACGCCCCGAGCGAGGCGAGCAUACAGUGGAGUGUUGUCACUGCAAGCGCGGCUGAUUACUCAGUCAUGUCAGAUUGCGAAGAGACGGUAACUAGGCCUGCUUCGAAGAUGGUCUUGGCGCCAGCCCAGACUAGGAUGAGCAAAGAGAUAUUACCAAGGCGGCGUUCGAGCACCCUUUUAGGCUGCAAGAGCCAAAAGGCUGUGAAUGUUGCUGGUGAUGCUUAUAGAGCUAGUACUCCCAGGCCGAGUUAUGAGCCGAACAUGCGUUUCAGAUCGGAUUCUCCCGCGAGAUUUCAGGCCGAGAUUGCUAAGUUGACAGAUUUCAACACCAGAGUGGGGCAACACUCUCUUGCUCAAAUUCCUCGUUUAGCCUCACCGUGAAAUUCGCUUCUAUACAUUCAGUAA